UAUCACUAUUGUAAAUUCUGAUGAUUCAGAAGCUCGUCACGCCAUGUCACCAGUCACUAGAAACUGUUCAGCCUGAGGAGAAAUUUAGUCGGUCCAGCUCCAAGGGCAGCUCUACUACUCUCUCUCUUUUUAUACUUGUAUGUGAAUCGUACGGUACAACCCUCACGUUGUGGCUUCGAAAUGGCAUCCAAAGGCAAGGAGGUCGCCACCGGAACAUCCUCCUCCGGCGACAAGCGGAAGCGGGGUGGGGGUGCUGAUGAAGACAAUCCCGGAAGUGGUCGGAAGAGGAGAAACCGCGAGGUUCUUCAGUUCUUCGAGGAUACAGCUGAGGUCGACGACGACGAGAGCGACCAGAGUGAUUUUGAUGACGAUGAAUUUGACAUUGAGCUGAAAGUCAAGAAAGAACCAGUGAAAAUGCAGAAUAUCUCAUUUAUUCCCAAAGAGGAGGCUAUGGAUGAGGAAGAAUUUGAUAAGAUGAUGGAGGAACGUUACAAAGAAGGUUCUAGUUUUGUUACAUAUGCUGAAGAUGAUUUUGAAACUAAAUCCAUGGAAAGAAAUAUUCAUUUUCCAUCUUCUAGGGAUCCAACUAUCUGGAAGGUCAAAUGCAUGGUUGGACGUGAGAGGCACUCAGCUUUCUGCCUCAUGCAGAAGUUUGCUGACUUGAAAUCUCUAGGCACUAAACUGCAGAUAAUUUCUGCAUUUGCUGUUGACCAUGUAAAGGGCUUUGUUUACAUUGAAGCUGAUAAGCAAUGUGAUAUUACCGAGGCGUGUAAAGGGCUUUGUAGCAUAUAUUCUACUAGAGUGGCUUCAGUUCCAAAAAAUGAAGUUUCUCAUAUACUUUCUGUUCGAAGUAAAUCUAAUGUAGUUAGUGAGGGUAUGUGGGCCCGUAUCAAGAAUGGGAAAUACAAGGGGGACCUUGCACAGGUUGUUGCUGUAAAUGAUGCACGGAAAAGAGCAACAGUGAAGCUUAUUCCAAGAAUUGAUCUACAAGCAUUGGCCCAAAAAUUUGGUGGGGGAGUUUCCAUGAAGAAUGCUGCAACACCUGCGCCUAGAUUGCUCAGCUCAAGUGAACUAGAGGAGUUCCGGCCUCUUGUUCAAUAUAGACGUGACCGUGAUACUGGCAGGAUGUUUGAGGUUCUUGAUGGUCUGAUGCUCAAGGAUGGGUAUUUGUAUAAAAGGGUUUCUGUAGAUUCAUUAAGCUGUUGGGGUGUUAUGCCAUCCGAGGAGGAGCUGCUCAAGUUCCAGCCUUCUGAGAAUAAUGAGUCUGAUAAUUCAGAAUGGCUUAAACAGAUUUAUGGUACACCAAAGAAAAAACGUGUAAUUGGAAAUGGCAAAGGCAGUGAGAAAGGAGAGAGUUCAUCAGGUUCUGGUGCCGAUAGUAGUUUUGAACUGUAUGAUCUUGUGUGUUUUGGCCGGAAAGAUUUUGGUCUUAUUGUAGGCAUGGAAAAAGAUGAUUAUUACAAGAUUCUAAAAGAUGGACCGGAAGCACCAGUAGUGGUGACUGUUGUACGGCAUGAGUUAAAAAAUGGACCCUCAGAUAUGAAAUUUAUUGCGUUAGAUCACCGCAUGAAAACUGUUUCAAUUAAUGAUACUGUCAGGGUGUUGGAAGGUCCAUUAAAGGAUAGGCAAGGAAUCGCUAAGCAAAUCUACAGAGGAAUUAUUUUUAUGUAUGAUGAGAAUGAGACAGAAAAUGGUGGUUAUUUCUGUUCUAAAGCUCAAAUGUGCGAGAAAAUCAAGCUUUCUUUUGAUGCUUCCAGUGAAAAGGGUGGUGAAUCGGGCCCAGUAGGCUUUGAAGAUUUCCCAUCAUCCCCCAAAUCUCCUCCUCUAUCACCUAAAAAACCAUGGCAAACAAAGGAAAAUAGUCGGGAGUUCAACAGAGGGGAUAAGGAUGGAAUGUUCUCCAUUGGUCAGACCUUGAGAAUCCGUGUAGGACCUUUGAAGGGUUACCUUUGCCGUGUUUUGGCUAUACGUUAUUCUGAUGUUACUGUGAAGCUUGAUUCUCAGCAGAAAGUUCUUACAGUAAAAUGUGAGCAUCUCUCUGAGGUUCGUGGGAAGAGUUCUGCCAUGCCUGUGAGCGACGAUCUGGGGUCCAGUUCUUUAAAACCAUUUGAUCUACUUGGAACUGAAGGGGGUUCUACAGGUUGGACAGAUGGAGCAGGAACAUCAGCUGAUGGUGAUAGGUGGAAUACUGGAGGAGCCACUACUGAAAGUUCAUGGCCCAGCUUCUCUUCCUCAGGCUUGAAGCUUCAGUCUGAAUCCAACUUUGCCAAUUCAUCAGGUUCUGCAGAUAACAAUACUAAGGAAGUAGAUGCUUCUUGGGAAAGGAAAGCUUCAAAUCAGAAUUCCUUUUGGGGGGCAGCUGCAGCUGAUGACAAGGCUGUUGCUAAUAAUGGUCAAGUGCAUGGUUGGGGAAAUGAGGAUAGUUGGAACAAAGCUUCUACUAAUGUAGGUUCUAGCAGUGGUGCAUCUGUUGGCUGGGGUAAAGCAACUUUACCCAGUGAAAAUCCUGCAGGUGCUUCAAGAGAUUCUGGAGAUGGCUGGGGUCAAUCAAAACUUUAUGAUGGAAAUUCUACAACUGAUGCUGCAACAGCUUGGGACAAGGGAAAGACUGUUAUUGGAAAUCCAACCACCAGCUGGGGAGACAUUGCCACUAAGAAGAAUCAGCUGGACUCUUUGGGCAGCAGUAAGGAUGUAGUACAAUCAGGAUCAUGGAACAGUAAAAGCUCCAGUGCAGGUGACGACCACUGUAACAAUGCUACUGGGUGGAAUCAACAAAAAUCUCAGAACAAGGACAACUGGGGAAGUACUGCAGAAGCCCUAAAUAAAGAUACUGUUCAUGAUUCUUGGGGUAAAAGAUCCAGGACAGGUACGGACCCCUGGAAUAAGGAUGAGAAAGCUCAGAACAAAGUGGACACUUGGGGAGGUACUGCAUGUGGUAGCUGGGCCCAACCAGAUUUGGGAAAUGCUGAUGAAGCGAGUGGCUGGAUGAAAGCCAAAGUUGAUGGUGCAGGUCAAACUGCAAAUUGGGGAAACCAAAAAAAUCAGAGUGAAGAUGCAACUGGUUGGACUAGAGGCGGAUCUUGUGGCCAGACGCAGAGUGACAAUUGGAAUAAAUCAAAGACCUUUGGUACUGAUGGAGGAUCUUGUAAUAAGCAAGAGGGAGAAUCUGCUUGGGGUAAACCAGAUGGAGGGCCAUCUUGGAAUAAGCAAGAUGGAUCCUCUUGGGGCAAAUCAGAGGGAGUGUCUUCUUGGAGUAAGCAAGAUGGAGGUUCUUCCGGAAACCAGGAUAGAUUUCAAGAAUUUGGCGGUUGGAACAAGACAUUUGAUGGAGGUCGUGGAUCAGGUGGAAGAAGAGGAGGUGGUAGGGGAGGUAGAGGUCAAUUUGGCAGAGGAAGAAGACCAUUUGGAGAAGAUCAGUCUUCAGGUUGGAAGAAAGGAGGUGAAGGAAGCAAUUGGACAGGUGAUGGAACACCUUCAAGGAAUCCAUCUGGUUGGGGUAAUGAUCAAGUUGGUGGUUGGGUUACAUCCGAUGUCUCUGAGGAAGGUAGAGAAGGUGAUCAGAAGAAACCAAAUUCUUCUUGGGGGGAUAAUGGAGCAGGAUGGAACAAAAGCAAGGGAGCAGGUAAAGAGAUUGGUGAAAAUUGGGACAAAUGGAAUUGUGCAAAGCCCUCUUUUGAGAAGAAAUCUAGUUGGGGUGAUGAGAAAGGUGAAUGUCAGGGUGAUGACAAAAGUUUAGAUCAUAAUCAAUCAUUAGGAGGGCAAACUGAAGCUCCAAAAUGGAAUGCAUCAAAUUCAGUUGGUGGGAACUGGACAACUGAUUGGAACAAAGGGCCUGCUGCAAAUGAAGGGCCAAGUCAAAGUUGGGGUGGAGGCAGCAAAAGCAACACGGAGAAAGCUUCUACAGGAGAUGCUACUGGUUGGAUAAGUGGAACAUGUGGGGUAGGUACAAAGCAGACAGAUUGGGGUGCUCCUAAAUGCUCCAAGUCAUCAUGGGAUAAUAAAGCUGGUGAUGUGGACAAUAGCCAGCCUUCUGGUUGGGGCAGCAAAAGCAGUUGGUGUGGUUCUAAAUUCUCUGGACAGAAGUCUGAUGAAAUCGGAAAGGCGAGUGAGAAUAAAGAUCAAGAUGGUUGGAAUGGUGGAAGGGCUUUGAGUGGAGGGUUGGCAAAGGGAUGGGGUCAAAGUGCUAGCUUGAGAAGUGGAUCAAAUGAUGCAGGUAAAAACCAUGAUUCUGAUUGGGCUAAAAAUGGUGGCACUAGCUCUGGAACGGGUGAUUCCUGUGGAAAAGAUUCUUCCUGGGGCAAGAGAAAUUGGAACUCUGGAUCCAAUGAUGCAGAUGGAAAUCAGGAUUCUGGUUGGGGCAAGAAAAACAAUUUCAACUCUGAAUCCAGUGAUGUUAACCAAAGUUCUGGUUAUGGCAAGAAAAGCAGCUGGAACUGUGGAUCCAAUGAUGCAGAUGGGAAUCAGGAUUCUAGUUGGGGCAAGAAAAACAAUUUUAAAGCUGAAUCCAGUGAUGCUAACCAAAUUUCUGGUUGUGGCAAGAAAAGUAGCUGGAACUCUGGAUCUGGUGAUGCAAGCUGGAAUUCUUCUGGAUGGGGCAAGAAAAGUAGUUGGAACCCUGGAGAUAGUGAUGUCAACCGGGAUUCUUUUGUAGCCAGUGGUGAAGACCAAACUGAGAAUUCUAGUUAUGGCUCAGGUGGUGGGAAUUCGAGGGGUGGUUUCAAAGGCAGAGGUGGUUCUUUUGACAGAGGAGGCCUUAGAGGUAGAGGGGAGAGAGGAGGUUUUGGGGGUAGAAAUGGUUCAGACAGAGGCUUUGGAGGCAGAGGUAGAUCUAACGGAGGAGGAUUUGGAUGUAGAGGUGGUUCAGAUAGAGGAGGUUUUGGUGGUAGAGAUAGAUUUGACAGAGGAUAUGGUGGCAGAGGUGGUGGAAGGAGGGAUCAUAGUAGUUGGAAUGAAAAUAAUGAUUCUGGUGAUGACAAGGCCUUCGACUGGAAGAAUAGGACAAACAAUGCUGGCGGAGGAUGGAAAACUAGUGGUGGAAGCAGCUGGAACCAAGGAGGUGCUGAUAAGAGCCAAUUGCAGAGUUGGAAUUCCCAAAAUGAUGGAAGUAGCAAUCAAAGUGGUGGUUGGGGCAAGGGCACUAGUGCAGUUGGGGAAUCUAAUGAUUCACGGGGUAAAUCAUCAGCAAGCUCUUGGGGAAACAAGGGAGAUGGAGAUGGUAAUGAUGGAGGAUGGAAAACUAGUGGAGACAGCUGGAACCAAAGAGGUGCUGACAAGGCCUUUGACUGGAAGAAUGGGACAAACAAUGAUGGCAAGGGAUGGAAAACUAGUGGAGGCAGUUGGAACCAAGGAGGUGCUGAUAAUAGUCAACCGCGGCGAUUGGAUUCCAAGAAUGAUGAAAGCAGCAAUCAAGCUGGUGGUUGGGGCAAGGGUACUAAUGCAGGUGGGGAAUCCAAUGAUUCAUGGGGUAAAUCGUCAGCAAGCUCCUGGGGAAACAAGGGAGAUGGUAAUGAUUUAGGAUGGAAAACUAGUGGAGGCAGUUGGAGCCAAAGAGGUGCUGAUGAGGGAAAUGGUAAUCAAGCUGGUGGUUGGGGCAAGGACACUAAUGCAGGUGGGGAACCCAGUGACUCAGGGGGUAAGGCACCAGGAAGCUCUUGGGGAAACAAGGGAGACGGUGGAAGUAGCAAAGGGGGAUGGUGAGUUAGUCCACAAAUUAGUCAUCUGAUUUGUUUGUGUCGAAAAACUGAAGGUUCAUGGGUCUGUAUAUAUUGGUUUCUUUGCCCUUUUUUUUGUUCUUUUUUUAAAUGCACAAUUAAGGUCUCAAAACAGUACUUUCUUGUGGAGCCAUGCGCGUGCCGUUAUUUUUCCUUGACAUUUUGGACCCUGGUGCUCUUGAGCAGAGCUCGUCCGAGCAUGGAUCAGGCAGUACCUGUUUUAUAAUGGCGAGUGCAUGGUUAAUUAAGCAGACUUUACGUCAUUUGUAAAAAAUAAAAAAUUGUUGUCCUUAA